AUGUGUCGGCAAGUAUCCGAGUCUGCCGCCUACCCUUUAACCGGAAAGUAUCCGGAGUCUGCCGCCUACCCUUUAACCGGCAAGUAUCCGGAGUCUGCCACCUACCCUUCAGUCGGCAAGUAUCCGGAGUCUGCCGCCUACCCUUUAACCGGCAAGUAUCCGGAGUCUGCCGCCUACCCUUUAACCGGCAAGUAUCCGGAGUCUGCCGCCUACCCUUCAGGCGUCGGCAACUAUCCGGAGUCUGCCGCCUACGCUUUAACCGGCAAGUAUCCGGAGUCUGCCACCUACCCUUUAACCGGCAAGUAUCCGGAGUCUGCCACCUACCCUUUAACCGGAAAGUAUCCGGAGUCUGCCGCCUACCCUUUAACCAGCAAGUAUCCGGAGUCUGCCACCUACCCUUUAACCGGAAAGUAUCCGGAGUCUGCCGCCUACCCCUCAGUCGUCGGCAAGUAUCCGGAGUCUGCCGCCUACGCUUUAACCGGCAAGUAUCCGGAGUCUGCCACCUACCCUUUAACCGGCAAGUAUCCGGAGUCUGCCACCUACCCUUUAACCGGCAAAUAUCCGGAGUCUGCCACCUACCCUUUAACCGGAAAGUAUCCGGAGUCUGCCGCCUACCCUUCAGUCGGCAAGUACCCGGAGUCCGCCACCUACCCUUCAGUCGGCAAGUAUCCGCAGUCUGCCGCCUACCCUUUAACCGGCAAGUAUCCGGAGUCUGCCGCCUACCCUUUAGUAUCCGGAGUCUGCCACCUACCCUUUAACCGGAAAGUAUCCGGAGUCUGCCGCCUACCCUUCAGUCGGCAAGUAUCCGAGUUUGCCGCCUACCCUUUAACCGGCAAGUAUCCGGAGUCUGCCACCUACCCUUUUACCGGCAAGUAUCCGGAGUCUGCCGCCUACCCUUCAGUCGGCAAGUAUCCGGAGUCUGCCGCUUGA